ACACACACACACACGAAAAAAACAAGUUUCCGCAAUUCUGAAGCGGGGGUCACCAUUGGCUUAUAAGAAAGUCCGGUGGGGUCUACGAAUCUCGACUGUGCGGACAUUUCCUGGUCUUGGCGUUUCGUUGCAGUGCAUAGCCACCAUAUGCUCCCUCCCCCCUUCGCCGGCCGGAGAUGAAUACGAAGACGCGUUACUCCUCCACUAGCUCCACUGAUCUUGCCUCCGCCGCCUCCGCCGAUAACCAGAAAUCCUACUCCGUCUCUACCUUGGGAGGCCACUCUGUCAAGGUCAUUCCCUUUGACUAUCCUACUGAUCAACCGCCUUCUUCUUCUUCGUCGCCUUUCACUCUAGCAGAGACAUGGAGGUCGAAGGUGGAACAGAUGACCUUUAAGGACUGGAUGGAUUUUAUUUUCCCUUGUUCUCGAUGGAUUAGAACCUACAAGUGGCGCGAGUACCUACAGGUUGAUCUAAUGGCUGGAAUCACCGUUGGUGUCAUGAUUGUUCCUCAGUCAAUGUCCUAUGCAAAGUUAGCUGGAUUGGCGCCAAUAUAUGGACUUUAUUCUGGUUUCAUGCCAGUAUUUAUCUAUGCCAUUUUUGGGUCAUCUCGACAGCUUGCAGUUGGUCCAGUUGCUUUGGUCUCCCUUCUGGUAUCUAAUAUAUUAGGUGACAUAGUGGAUUCUUCUGAUGUAUUAUACACUGAACUAGCUAUACUGUUGGCUCUGAUGGUUGGGGUUCUAGAAUGCACAAUGGGCCUACUAAGGCUUGGAUGGAUUAUCCGCUUCAUUAGCCACUCUGUGAUUUCUGGAUUUACAUCUGCUUCAGCCAUUGUGAUUGCCUUAUCUCAAGCAAAAUAUUUCUUGGGGUAUGAUAUUGUGAGAAGCAGUGAAAUUAUUCCACUGAUCAAGAGUAUUGUAUCUGGAUUAGACCAGUUCGCCUGGCAACCUUUUGUCAUGGGAUCUAUCGUGCUAGGUAUUCUUCUGACCAUGAAGCACUUGGGAAAAACAAGGAAGUGUUUGCGAUUUCUACGAGCAUCUGGUCCCCUCACAGCAGUUGUUUUGGGCACAGCAUUUGUGAAAAUAUUCCAUCCAUCUUCUAUUUCUGUGGUAGGAGAUAUCCCCCAAGGACUCCCAAAGUUUUCUGUGCCUAAAGACUUUGCCUACAUAAGAUCACUGAUACCAACUGCUCUUCUCAUCACCAGUGUAGCAAUCUUGGAGUCUGUGGGGAUAGCUAAAGCAUUGGCAGCAAAGAAUGGAUAUGAGUUGGAUCCAAAUCAAGAGUUAUUUGGUCUUGGGGUGGCAAAUGUAGUAGGCUCAUUUUUUCUAUCAUACCCAUCAACAGGCUCCUUCUCCAGGUCUGCUGUCAACCAUGAAAGUGGUGCAAAAACUGGCUUGUCUGGAAUUGUUACUGGAUUAAUAAUGGCCUGUGCACUUAUGUUCUUGACUGAAUUAUUUGAAAACAUACCCCAGUGUGCAUUGGCUGCUAUUGUGAUUUCUGCUGUCAUAGGAUUGGUGGAUUAUGACGAGGCUAUAUUUCUAUGGCGUGUAGACAAGAAAGACUUUGUUCUUUGGAGCAUAACGGCUGCAACUACCUUGUUCCUUGGAAUUGAGAUUGGAGUACUUGUUGGGGUUGGCGUUUCUCUCGCUUUUGUCAUCCAUGAAUCAGCAAAUCCAAAUGUUGCUGUCUUGGGACGUCUUCCUGGCACCACCAUCUAUAGGAAUCUUAAACAGUAUCCAGAAGCAUAUACAUACAAUGGUAUUGUUGUUGUCCGAGUUGAUGCCCCUAUCUAUUUUGCAAAUAUAAGUUAUAUAAAAGAAAGGCUAAGAGAAUUUGAAUUUCAGUGCAAGGAAGAAGAUGAAUCCAUGAGACGUGGACCAGAAGUUGAACGUGUUCAUUUUGUUGUUUUGGAGAUGGCACCCGCCACAUAUAUAGAUUCAAGUGCUGUCCAAGCAUUGAAAGACUUGCAUCAGGAAUAUGAAUCCCGUGAUAUCAAGAUGACGAUAGCCAAUCCAAACAAGGAUGUCCUGUCUACCCUAUCGAAAUCUGGUCUGGUUGAUAUGAUUGGAAAAGAAUGGUGCUUUGUGAGAGUGCACGAUGCAGUUCAAGUCUGCCUUCAGAAGGUUCAGAAUUUACCAGGGACACCUAGGAGCCCUCAGCAGCCACUGUCCAAAGAAACUUCAAGUUUCUUCAAGAGAAUGCUUAAGGAGAGAGCCGAGGAGCUUGCAUGCUCUAACUUAGAGUCUGGAGAUACUAUAUCAGAGUUGGAGCCAUUGAUAUCAAAGAGACCAUGAAAAUCAGAAGCCAUUGAUAUUCAAUAAGCUCCUGUUUGUGUAUUUGUUUGUUUGUGCACAUGUAUAUGUUUUUUUUUUAUUGUUGUAUUUUUAUAAGUUUUGACAACCCUUUUUCAAAAAUAAAAUAAAUGUAUGGUUCACUGGAAGCAUAUAAUAUAUAUAAUAAUAGAAAGCAAUUCAUUGUUGUAUU